AGAGAUUGUACAGGAAGCAGAAUUCACAGUGUACGGAUACACUACGAGUAUGAGCUUCUUUGGGCAACAGCGAGAGAUGAGGGUUCCGGAUGUUGAGGGGCAAAAUCUCAAUAAAGCUGAAGUUAAGACGUCAUCAGAUCAAAAGAAGGAGACGAAAAAGCGUCAACUUCCAAAGUGGAUUGUAAACAUUCUUAACUCAGAGGGACUUUUCUUAGCGUCGUGCGUGUUUUCGGUAUCAGUGGACCCUUUGUUCUUUUACCUUCCGGUGAUUAAUGAAGAAAGAAAGUGCGUUGCUUUAGAUACAAGAUUAUGCAUCAUAAGUCUUUGUUUGCGAACUUUCUUGGACUCGAUUUCACUUGUGAAUAUCGUUUUGCAAUGUUUUCGAGAUCCUCAUAUACACGAGAAUGCUUGUGAUCUACAAGGACAAGAUGGAGUAGAUACAGAUGCUGGGUCAAAAGCAAAGAGGUACUUGUGGUCAAGCUCAUUCGCGAUUGACGACGUCCUGGCAAUGCUUCCAAUCCCACAGCUGGUGCUACUUCCAAUUAUCUUUUCCAAAACGAGAGCUUCCGAAUCUUUGAACAAUAGGAAAUUAGUCUUGAGCGUUGUUGUUCUAUUCCAAUAUCUGCCAAGAGCUCUUCGUAUCUACCUGUCAUGGAAAAAAGUAUUCAUCCUUAGGAGUAUUAGGACCAGCUUAUCUAAAAACGCCAUAGCAGUGAAAGCUGGAUUCAACAUGCUUCUCUUCAUUGUUGCCAGUCAUAUUCUGGGUGGUUUUUGGUACUUUCUCUCCGUCGAGCGUGAGACAGCUUGCUGGCACCUCGCCUGUGAAAAUCAUAUUGAAUGUGAUCGAAGUUCUCUUGACUGUGACCACGGUUUUGGCAAUUACACAUUUUUAAAUGAUUAUUGUCCUAUAGAAACCACAAACACAACGGUCUUCGAUUUUGGAAUGUUCCAAGGAGCGCUUCAAUCUGGUACAGUGGCGUCCAUGGAUUUUCCGCGAAAGAUCUUGUAUUGCUUCUGGUGGGGCCUCCGAAAUUUGAGUUCUUUUGGUUCAAACCUUCAAACAAGUCCGCAUAUCUGGGAGAACUGCUUCGCAGUUUUAACUUCCAUCUCUGGCUUGCUUCUGUUUAUGUACUUCCUUGGACGUUUGCAGAUGUAUAUGCAGUGGGAGGCAUCUAGACAGUUGGAUGAAGCUAAGAAACUUGAGGAAUAUAACAAGUGGCGGCAAUACGAGAUGAAAGCCAAAAAAGGGAAAAUACAUGAGUGGAUAGACAGAAACCCGCGGCUUAAAGAAAAAGAAAAGCUGAUCAUAUCCGAGGUAAACCGAAUGUUUGCAGAAAAUAAAGAUAUUGAUGCAGAGAAUCCUUUGCGUCAUCUUCCCAUGUUCACUAGAAGAAAAAUUCUGAGCCAUCUCUGCUUACCCCUGUUACAGACAGUGCCACUUCUUCGAAAUGAGAGUGAAGAUGCGUUGAAAUUGAUUAGCUGCGACUUUCUCAAGCAAGUGUACUACAACGAGAACAGUUACAUUGUUCGGGAGGGGGAACCACUUGAUGCAUUGCUUUUCAUCACGCGAGGCAUCAUAUGGACCUAUACAACUAGUCCUGCUCAUCGUCAAACUGGGUGUCUAAAAACCGAUGAUUUCUAUGGAGUUGAACUGCUAGAAUGGGUGUUCAACUCCCCCUCCUUGCCGGACCCAUCCAACCUCCCCUUCUCGACCAGGACUCUCAGAUGCCAUACAAAAGUCGAAGCUUUCGCUCUUACGGCCGGCAACAUACAGCAUAUGCUAUAUCUACACUGGUCAAAGUUUAGCAAGUUCAGAGGGACCGACUCCUAUUCGGUGCAAAGUUUUGCCGCAUCUAACGUUCAGGCAGCAUUUCGCCGCAGGCGAUACGCUCGUCAAAUGAUACUUGGUGAGUGUGACCAGAAGGCUAAGAAAACCGCAAGUGCCGAGGAUAACACUACUUAGGCACGAUUAUAAGACUGCUUAGAAUCGACAACAGGUCGUUAGAGGUAGCAAUCCGUAUUAUG